AGGAAUCCCGUAGGAGUGGGAGAGAGACGUUUCUUACCCGUGUCAAUCACCGACUUCACAUCUUUGUACCUCGGGUUUUCUGGCACUUUCCUGUUGAGAAUCUGCAAUAGAAACAACGAAAUGUAGAACAAAUUCAAGUUAAAAAAAUGAAUGCGAAAUCAGGCAUUCUGGCUCAACAAAUUUAUAUUUUAUAUACUUACAUCGACCCUUGUUCCAGGCCUUGAGGUUCUCCCGUGGGCAGACAUGUUGGCUUGACAACAUAAAACGAAUACGGUAUACGUACGGUACGUAGUAGCCCAACGAGCGCUCGCCCUAUCAUCGCGCCAAUCAAUAAUUCGAAUCCCACUAUAUAUAUCGCAGAGCAGAGGUGCUGAGCUGAGCCGACCUGACUGUGCAUGUAAUUGAUUUUUUUCAACUGGCAAAUCUCUUUUUUCACCCAAAUUAGCAGCGCUGAGUAAAAUACUGGAUAAGGAGGUCGGAAUCAUAUGUUUUCGCUAUGGACAGAACAUCAGUUCUCAUCAUCUCGGCCCUAGUUGCUGGAUUGGCUGUUUUCCACAACUAUCCAGCCCCAGAACUCUCUCCACAGCUUAAAGAAUGGCAGGACACAGGAAAAUUCUUCAAAUUUAACGGUCAUAACAUCUUCUACAAAGAUGAAGGAAGCAAAGAAAAUGAGGAUGUCUUGGUCAUAUUUCAUGGUUUUCCAACAUGUGGACAUGACUUUCAUAAGAUUUGGGAUGGUUUGACUUCCCAGUUUGGCCGUGUUAUAAUGCCAGAUUUCCUUGGGUAUGGCUUCAGUGAUAAACCAGCAGACCAUUAUUACAGUUUGUUUGACAAAGCUGACAUGAUAGAGGCUCUUUUAGCAACGUUGGGUGUUUCCAAGAUUCAUAUCCUGGCUCAUGAUAUGGGUAGUACUGUUGCUCAGGAACUCAUACACAGGCAAAACAAGGUAUCUGAUAUUGGAUCUAGUGCCAACAAUAAAGUUGAAAUCAUCAGUGUGUGUCUAUCAAAUGGAGGUAUUAUACCAGAGACCAUUCAACAACGGCUGUUGCAAAAGAUUCUUUUGAAGCCAUACUUGGGAGCACUGGCACCAUACUUGAACAAUAGAUUUCUAUUCAAGAAAGGCUUUGGAGAGGUUUUUGGAAAGCUGACACAACCUACAGCUGAGGAAUUCUCCAACCACUGGGCAUUGAUCAGGCAUAAUGAUGGCAAUCGUAUUCCCCACCUUCUGAUAAACUAUCUACGAGAGAGGUAUAUCAACAGAGAUCGAUGGGUGCAUGCUCUUUCCGAUACUGCUAUCCCAUUGCACAUCAUCUUUGGCCCAUCAGAUCCUGUAAACCCUAAGGAUCCUUUCCUCAGUACUUACAAGAAACUAGUCCCCAACUCUGGUGUGAGUGAGUUAGAGCCUCACAUAAGUCAUUACCCUCAGUUAGAAGCUCCCAAGGAAUACCUUCAAGCAUAUCUUCAGUUCUUCAAGUCGUUAAAGAAGUCAUAAGGGACAAUCAGUUUGUGUCGCUUGGUCUACAAGGAGAUGGUCUAAUUCUCAUAUAGUCUAACGCCUUCAUGGCUAAACCAACUUGAUUUACUGUCAGUCUGCGCUAAUUACUUUUUGGUCCAAUCAUCACUUGGUCUCAUACUCACUUGGUCUAAUAACAUCUUGGUCUAACUGCAUGGCAUUUAAUCCAAUGCCCAGAUGGUCUCAUUUCCACUUUGUUUUAAUACUUAUUAUUUUGUAUGCUGUCAAAUAAAAAUUUGGUUCAUAAACAACUCAUCUAAUCAUUUAGACUAUUUGUGUUUGACUAAGUGGACAAAAGCGGGUAUAGCCUGACUGGAAAUUAGACAAAGUAUUAAAUGGGCUAAAUCGCAAUUAGACCAAGUAUUCAGCAGAACUGGUUGUAGAUGAACUAGGAUUAGGCCAUGUGGGAUGAGACCAAAAGGAAAGUAGACAUAGUUUGUAGACCAAGUGACAAUUUACCCAUAAAAGUGGCCACAUGUUGUAGUUUAUCCAAUAAUUUUUCUAUACAGAGCCCCAUAAUCAAACAAAAAACAUCACAAGAAAAAUGAAAAAAAAAAUUGACACACACUUUGCCUAUUUUUAGUACAUCAAUAUUUCUUUUUUGUCCGAUUAUAAAAAAAAAUGAAUAAACAUAACUGCUAAAAUCCUUGUUUUGGAUGUGUCAAGAAACCUCAAUCACAAUUUUCACGUGCGGUAAAAUAUGGACUUGUAAAUUUCUUAAUGAAUUAUGUACAUUAUUAAUCAAGUGAUCAUUGAUUUUAAUGACACUGGUAUAUAAUAAGUGCAUUGAUGAUAUAAAGAAUGCAUUAUUGUAAUAUUUUGUGGUAUAUUCUAUUCAUUGCCAAUCAGAAUUAACCAGGAUAAUCCUAUUUUUAAUCAUUGUAAAUUCAAAAUUAAUGUUGAUGUAAAUACAAACGUGUAUUUGAUAAAAUUUGCAAGACCAAAGUGAAAAAGCUUGUUGGAAUUUUAUAAAAUACAUAUCUGAUAUUAGUAAGGCUCAGAAUGUCUGACUGCAAUAUGAAGUCUUUCAAAGAAAUCAGUAUUACUGUAAUAUUGUUGAUAUUGUUUUGAAAAAUGCUGUACAAAUGUGCUGAUUUAGAUGACAUUCUAAGGAUGUGUGAUAAAAUGUACUUUUAACUGUAAAAUGAGCAGAUUGUUUAUUUGUUACAUUAAUUUGUGAGUGUGUACAUGUUAUUGAUGAGCAUUGAUACAGAAAUUCAAAGAAUUAGAACAAAGAUUGUGCUGAAUUGAUUAUCCAGCUGUAUGUUAACAUUAAUUGUGCCAAAGAUAAAUAUAUACUUUAUAUAUCUUAAAAAUGAA